UGAGAUUGCGCUGCUCUCGUGCUUUUGGGGUGCUCUUGCUGGGCACGCACGCUGCGGCAGGCUUUCCGAUUGCUGCCCCCAAGCGCCUCGUAGUUCCAUGCAGUAGCAGGGACCAUGCAAGGCACUGACAACCCAUUUAAGGAGGGCACGGAGGAGACCAAGCAGGAACUGCCCGACGCGUCCGACGACAGCGACGCCUUCGACCCGCGCGUCCUCGACGGGACGCUCGAGGAGGAUGCCAUGUAUGGCGAUCGGACGCUGCCCGGCGGCCUCAAGGCGCCGCGCGCGACGUCGCUCGCGCUGCGCCUCGCGAUGCGCUGCGCGGUCGAUACGGAGGCGCGGCGCAAGGCGAAGCUGGCGUACACGACGCACGUGCGGCGCGCGUUGUUUGCCCGGGGUUUGGAUUCGCGCGCGUCCUGGGCUUACGAAGUUGCAAGAGAUGCGCCCGAUAACGAAGCGCCGCGCCUCGCGAACGACGCGGCCUUCCCGGCGCGCGACGCCCGGGGGCGGUCCCUCCUGAUGGAGGCCGUCGACAACUGGGCGGCGGCGAAGCGGGAGCGCGAGUCCGCGGUCUUCGCGCUACUCAUCGCCGGCGCGGCCACGGACGACGAAGAAGGUGUCUUGGUGGCCGCGGCGCAAAAAGGCUGCGAGGCCAUCGUCGGGGCGUUGCUGGACGCGGGCGCGGACCCGCGCUGCCGCCCGAAGAAGAGCCCCGGCGUUUUGCUCGCCAUCGUCGCCUCGGAAAAGGCGAACGCGCGCUGCUGGACGCUGGUGGUGAACGCGCUCGCUUCGAAGCAUGUCCUGGAGCGCGUCGUCGGCUGGCGGCAUCGAGGACUGACCGCGCUGCACUAUAUCGCGCUCAACGGCCACGUCGACAUCAUGCGGGACGCGCUGGCGCGCAAGUCGUUCCGCGAGGCUGUUGAUUCAAGGUCCUCCGCGGCGGUGGCCUUCGAUAUUCGGAGAGUGGGCGACGAGCGGUUCUCAGGUUUUGCCGUAAGGCGCACGCCGCUGCACUUCGCGGUGGCUUCUUCUGAAGUCGAGAUCGCGAAGCUGUUACUGCGGGCCGGGGCCGACGUGCAGGCGCGGGACGCGACCGGUUCGACGCCGUUGCUCGAGUGUCAGGGCCCGUUCAUGCUCUUCGCGCUGGUCUUGCCAUGCAUGACUCGUCUUGAAGAUGGGGGCGGUGGCGUCAGUUGUUUCGGCGGGCGCCCUGAGAAGCCGAGCACACCGGAGGCGGAGAAGGUGCCCCUCGAGGAGGCGCUUUCACAGUAGUGGUUUCCUAAUUAGAAGAAUAGUAUG